UCGAGAGUCUUGGACAGAACUUUGAAGGCAAAACUGAACGGGGGGAAGUCAGAGUUAGCUCAGUCUGCUUUUCUGCACAGCUGAGUUUUGGAUGUAAUAGGAGAGAGAGUGUUGAAACUUUUUUUUCCAUAUCACAGAGGAGUGGACGUGGUAUUGCAAAGGAUCAUCUGUGAGAAGGAGCAAAAUACACACAGAAAAACAAAGAAUACCUUGCUGAGGAAGGUAAAAGUCUUAAUAUCUUGAGAAUAUUUAAAAGCAAGCUGUGUAAACGGUGAUCAUGGGAACCAUCUGGAGCAUUAAGAAGAAAGAAAACCUUUCCAUGCUUUUGAGGAAAAAAGGAUUCUUUUCUUGGACAAAGGGGUGAUAUCUUAUUGCACAGAAGACCCUCACACAGAAGUAAUUCCAGGUGUCAUACAGUCUCAAGUCUUCUUGUAAAUACUCACAUUUACCCAGCGGCAUUCCUGUGCCCUCAUUGCCAAUGUGUUUCUGUGUGACUUUUGGAUUUGAUAUACAGUAGUUAGACCCGUCCCAGUAAAACUCCUGGAUGUCUCAGUCAGGCGGCUCCACGACAGACACCCAGGCCCUUCUGCAGUCCAUGCUGCAGCGACUGAAGCUCCAGCCGGGCACGGAGCGCUUGGGAGGCCUGCACCCCCCCAGGCCUGACACCGCUGCUCCCACCUGGGGGCAGAACGGACUGAAAGGAUCUCCCAGCCUCCAGGCUGUUGCCAGAGUAAACAGCAUCUCUGUAAACGGGUUUGGGACAGCUGCGGCAGAGUCGGCUCAGACUGAUGACAUCAUCAAAGAGCCAAUAGAAGAGGGCAGAGGGGUACUCAUUAAUAAUGGCAACCCCCAAAAGGGGCAUGAGGGGAGGAAGUGGGAUUCUAGGCAGGAAUUCGGGAUCCCUGCGUGGGACGGCAACUUGGAAAGCAGUCCCAGAGGCAGGGAGGGACAGCAACCAAGCCAUGGUGGUCAAAUAGACAGGGGACAGGAAACAAUGGCUUCUUCUCCGAGACUCAUUUCCUCCCCCUCCUAUAAAGACAACAGUGAUACUGAUAGGGGUGAGAACAGGGGCUCGGGACAGGCUGAUUUGCCGGCGCUCAGCCCAACGGGACAGCAGCUGUUUCCUGCAAAACCACUUAAGGAUGCUGAUGUCACUUUGUCUGAGGGGACAGAAGAUGAGAUACAAAGGGAAAAGGAGGGGAAUGGCAAUUCUGCAAUGAAAAAAUGCAUCCCCUGUGAAAACCUUUCAGUGACGGAUGCUGUCACAAAUGUCUAUGACGAUCAAGGUUCACUCCCUGAUGCUUCACCUUUGACCUCUGGAAGCCCACAGCAGAGUGAGGCCCAAGAUGGCUCUCCCACUUCGGUCCAGGGAUUUACACCCAGAGUGUAUGUUUGGUCCUUGAAGGCCACAGAGACAAGUCCAGGCACAGGGAGUGAAGACGAGAAAACGUUGCUGGUGGAAAAUGGAGGUAGCAAAGACACAGAGGUUGUCUCGGCGAGCCAAAAGACAGUGAACGGCACCUCAGAAAAGCAACCCAAAAAAACCUUUGAGACUAAAACGAGGUGGACACAGAAGAUCAAAAUGAGAUGGGCGGAGAGGCGCUCAAGUUUGGGGAAAAAAAGAGAAGAAGCUGGAGGGAGAGUUGAGAUGAAGAAUGGAAAAGAGUUUGAAUUUCCAGCUCCAAGCCAGCCACCAGCUGCAGAAAAUCCCAUCAACAUGACAACCAAACAGGGGGAAAGGACCCAGGAUUCAGUAGACAGGACUGAUCCCGCUGAUAGCCCCACACUCUCAGAGGACUGCACCGCAGAGAGUCAGAUCAGAUCCAUCAGCGACUUUGAGUUCAGCCUGGGGCCCUUCAGCCUGAUGGAGGAGAUCCUCACAGGUCAAGAGUGGGCAAAAUUCCUAAAUCCUGCCCUGCCAGCCUUCUCAACCAAUCAGAGAUCAUCAGAACAGCCAUCAAGCAAGCCAGAAAGCACUUUGAGCCCUCAAGGCCAAAAUGGGGCCCAGUCACCAGUGAUCCCGAACCAACCAGCAGGUGUGAACAACCACUGGAGCUUCAGGGGAAGUGAGUCAACCCAAGUUUCAGGUUUCAGCAUGGCACCGGUAUCAGCUGAUGUCUCCGUGCCUGCCAGAAUGGACAUUUCAGAACCAAUGGAGCACAGUCACACCCAAGCAGACAUGGAGUCAGAAGAGAGCGGAAAGGGAGUGGAACAUAAAGAUCAAGAAGCUGUUACCUAUAAAAAGCCUGCAGAUGUUUUGGACAAUUUGGCCUUGAAGAGCAGAGUCCUCCUCAACAGGAAGAGAGCGCAUCAUUCGCAGGAGAAGGGAGGAGAGUGGCUGCAAGCAGAGGAAGGGGAGACAAGAGACAAAAAAGAAGCAGAGACAGAUGAGUCCCAGUCUUCUCCGAGAGCAGCCGGUCAUGAGACAGAAACGCCAACAGAGGAGAAUGUCUUCACAUUACAUCCCAUCAAGUCUUCUCUUCCCUCCCCAUCUUCCUCUACUCCUCCUGUUCGUGCACCCCGCAGCGUGCUCAAACACUCCAUAUCUCAGGACUCAGAGUCCUCCUUGUUAAUGGAGACCGUCCCAAAAAAGAGGCGAGUUGAGGAGACACGGCGGGUUCGUUUCGCAGAGGAGGUGAUUAGCAUACCAGCCGUAGAGCUGGAUCUGGAUGGUGCCGACUCAGAGGAGGAUUCUGGGACAGAAGAGGAGUCGGUGGUAGAGGAGGAGGAGGCUGAGAUGGAGCAGACAGCGAUGGAGGAGGAGGUGGCACCGGCACCGCGGCCCGCACUCCCUGCCUGGAUACUUGCCCUGAAGAGGAGAAAGACGGGGAGGAAGCUCAGACAUUGACCACAAACAAACUGCAACAAAUAUCCAACUCCACAAGUCAUUUGGCUGAGUACUGAGCCUCAAAGACUUGUUUUCCUCAGCAAAUCUGCCACAGAGGGGAGAUAGUUUCACUAUAGGGAGGACGUGAUUUUCAAAUAGGGCAGAUCACUCCUGGAGCACUGAAACAACUUGACCCAAGAAAAUAUAAAAAAAGGAAUUGAAUUAAAAACAAGUGAAAUUAUCUCACCCAACAAAGAGAUUUUUUUUCACAUUUUAAAGACUCAAUUCUAGAUUGAAUACCAUGUAAAAAUGACUAUUUAUUUGCAGUGUGAUCAUUGUUUCUUGCCUUGGUUUCUCCUUGGACAUGAGAGCACCUAAGUGUAUCUAUUAAUUCAUUAGCUCUUGUCUGGAUUUCAUACACAGAGCCAAAACAAAAUGGCAAAGAACUGCAUAUGUUUAUUGAUUUUCUUUGACAUUCAGGCUCCAAACUCUGAAGUUUUCAACCUUAAUUCAAGCAGCAACGCCCUGCCUCACAUUCACAACAUUUUCCUGCACAACUACCUUCUAUUGGCGACUAAGCACUUAGAUUAGCCCUGGCUGGUCGAGCGGUUCAAUAUAGCAAAAAGCCCAAAUCUCUAAUCUCAAAAAGUAGUUUUUUUCCUGCCUUUUCCAGCUCUUUUUUUCAUCUAAUCAGGUCACAUCCAGUGCCUGAAUCAGCUAACAUCCCUCUGCCAUCUUUUGGAGAUUUCCCCCAAACUGUUGCCUUGUCCUCCUGAAUCUCAGAGGGCGCAGCAGCAGACGACUGUGCGGUUCCACUGUACAGUUCCUGUCUCCCGCUCUGCAUCAUCUGUCUCUUGGUAAUGGCUCCCUGUCUGGCACUAGUCGCAUCUGCCUGCCUCCAUUCUGGCAGAGCCUGUAGAUGGAAGAGACACUGGCUGGAAGGCGAAGCUGUGGCUGACUGUCAGUGGUUUUUGCUCCUCAUUGUUCAGCUGGUGAGGCCCUGUCUGAGAGCUAAAAGGAGGCUAAUGGGCACUGAGCUACUCCAGCUACAGUGCCAUCCUGAACGGGCCUCUCCUCUUCAUAAUGUUCUUCAGAGGAUUAUCAAUUUUGGCCUCUAUUGUACACAUAAUUCCAGGCCACUGGGGAAGUGCAGUGCCAGUGUUGAUGGCACAGAAAUAAGUGACCUCCAUUCUAGUUUUCAACCUAAACCACCUACAGUGGUGCCUCCCUGUAGAUGCAUGGGAAGUAAGUGAAUCUGCAAGGGACAGGCAAAAGCUUAAGUUACAGCUCCCAGGUGUUAUGCUCAACACCUGGGUAUUUAUGAAGAAAUGAAGAUGAUCUAGACAAGGUCAAAUCCACCUCAGCUGCCUUCAUUGUCCCAUCUUAAUUUAUUAUAUCUUCUGAAGGAAAAGUCAUAUAAGCUGGCAAAUUAUUUCUGUUUUUGCACCCACAUGCAUAUCAAAGAGCUGCCAAGUCACUGACUGUUGUUUUAGUUAGUUAGUUCGAGAGUUUGGAAAAAACUCUGUUAGUCCUCUCAGUCUCCAGAUGAUUUCUGAGCUAGAGAGCUUUGUGCCACUGUGUAUCAUACUCUGCCAUUUCCUUUAAAUGUGUAAUAUUGACUUUUGUGUGAUUAAAUUAGUACAUCAGU